AUCGUCAGACGCACUGCGCAUGUCACCGGAAGUGGAAACCGGGCUGCGAAAUGACCAAUAUUAAAACAGACCCAGCGAUUAGACUGCAUGUCAGCGAGUGUAGAGCCGCAGUGAGCUUUGAUAGCACCGCUGCCAGAUGUCGGUGAACCCGCGGCGCUUUAGCCCCCUGCAGCGGAUGCGUGCUCUACACUUACAGUCCUGAAGAGAGAGAGGACGAACACAGAGAAGCAAGAAUGAGAAGACUUCCUGUCCUGGUCGCCCUCAUCUGGGUCUGCUCAGUGUUUUACACAGGCAUCUUCCUGUUUGUGGGAGGCUUCCUCUUAGUCAGGCUGGAGGUCAACAGAACGAGCACCUGUGCAGACGUCUUGUCUCCAGGAGCUCAGGUGAAGGGAGAUUUCUGCCUGAGCGAGCCACGCUUUCGUAGGGCAGUGGUGCUGAUCAUCGACGCUCUGAAGGCCGACUUCACCCGAUAUGAUCCGGAGAACACAACACCCAAACCGUUUGAGAACAAGCUGCCGGUGUUAGAUGAGAUGGCAUCGUCACACCCCUCUCAUGCCAGACUCUACACCUUUCGGGCCGAUCCGCCCACCACUACCAUGCAGAGGAUCAAAGGCUUUACCACAGGUUCCCUGCCCACGUUCAUUGACGUGGGGAACAACUUUGCAUCCAACGCCAUCCUGGAAGACAAUCUAGUGCACCAGCUGGGACAAGUGGGCAAGAGAGUUGUUUUUAUGGGGGAUGACACAUGGGUGAGUCUUUUCCCCAAGAAGUUCCACAGAUCGCUGCCCUUCCCCUCCUUCAAUGUGAAGGACUUGCACACCGUUGACAACGGCAUUCUCCAAAACAUUUAUCCUACCAUGGAGGGGGAUGACUGGGAUGUGUUGAUUGCUCACUUCCUGGGUGUGGAUCACUGUGGGCACAGAUUUGGACCGGAUCAUCCUGCGAUGGCUGAGAAACUCUCCCAGAUGGAUGGAGUUAUCAGGUCAGUGAUAAAGCGUCUGAAGAAUGACACCCUGCUGGUGGUGAUGGGUGAUCAUGGAAUGACAGACACCGGCGAUCAUGGUGGAGAGAGCCAGAAAGAGACAGAUGCUGCUCUGUUUCUCUACAGUUCCUCUCCCUUAUUUCCAGCACCAGGCUCCCAGGUGGAACCUGAGGUAGUACCUCAGACUGAUCUGGUGCCCACGCUGGCACUUUUGCUGGGAGUUCCCAUUCCUUAUAGCAGUGUGGGCCAGGUUCUUCUGCCACUUUUUCCUCAGAAUGGCUCCCGGAGUGUACAUACGGGACUCAGCCAAGCUGAGGCACUGUGGAUUAACGUCAAACAGGUAAACCGCUUCUUGGAGACCUACUCUAACAUGGCCAAAGACAUCCCACCAGACAGUCUGUCUCAGCUGCGGGCUGACUUCUCAAACAUUUCCUCCCAGUACUUGGCUGCUGUUCACAAGGGCCAUCUUCUCUCUCCUGAGCUAGUCGUCUCCAUGCAGAACUAUCUGACAGCUGUCAGGGAGACGUGUAGAGCCUCCUGGGCCCGUUUCAACCCUUUCAAAAUGGCUGCUGGGCUGUUAAUCUUAGGAGUUGCCUGUAUGCUCUGCUAUGUCCUUUCUGAGUUGUCUCAUUUAGUGAUUCAGCAAGGCCUGCUGAAGUUGCCCAUACUCGCAGGGUUGGUCCUGGGUCUAGUAGUAGCUGCGGGUCAGCUGUUCUUGCAAGGAUAUUUGGAGCUCUCGUGGUGUGUGGGAGCUGCAGCACUUUCUUCAGAGGUUUUGUUUCUAUGGAAGACUCGAGGAGUUUCUCCAAAAGAGAGGUGGUCACCUUCUGGGCUCCUCACGCUGGCCCUUCUGGUGCUUGUCCUGCGCUGUGCCUCCCUACUCUCGGACAGCUAUGUCAUCUAUGAGGGAAACGUGGUAACCUUCUUGCUCUUCACGUUGAGUGUAUAUGUUCCUCUCCGUCUAAACUGGGAUGGACUCCUUGUGCCACUUCCUCCACCAGACAUCCAGAAGCCACUUCGGCUGCUCCCAACAGCUCUGCCAUCCUCAGCGGUUAGACGUCAGGCCACUAUCCUUUUGGUUUGGUUGGGAGUGCUGGUGGGAUCACUUUACCUAUCCCUCUCCUUCCACAACUGCCGAGAGGAGCAGGGCACCUGCCAGCCCUCACCUUUCCUCUCCCCACUUUCACGAGUACAGAACAGCCAACUGCGCAACCUCCACUAUGUCCUUUCUGUUGGUUCACUGGCCUUGUCGGGGUACCUUCUACACCGAUGGCUCAGACAUUAUGGGAACCUCAACUGUACCAGUGUGACUGUGUUUUUGGCCUGCUUCCUCGUACCCCUGGCCUGUGUUUGCAUUGGGUUGCACUGGGCGGUGAGCGCCACCCCAGAGGACACCUUCAGGAAUUUGUCCGAACUCAUCGGCCUAGCUCAAGUGUUCCUGCCUAGGGCCACUUUCUGCUUACUAGGUCUUGGACUUCUCCUGUUAUGGGUAGACCCCAUGACAGUGUUCCUAAAGUCAAGGACUCCAUUGAACUCUCGAGGAACGUCCCUGCCACCCCCCAAGUACCGAGCCAGUACGGGAAUCAGUCCGCAGGCUGAACUGCACCACCUCAUACCACAGUUGUAUCAGCGCAUCCGACACUCGCUGGAGGACGGGGCCACGGAAAGUGGUGAAACUGACAGCAGGCCAGCUGUGGAGGCUUACGGGCUGGGUACAGUGUACUCUGCCCCACUAGUCCUGCUUUGUGGACUCCUGGGGUUGGUGCUUCUGCUGCUCCAUCCGGAGGGAAUGGCUCUUGCCUUCCUGCUUCUCCUGCUGGAGGCCGGAGCCGUGCUGCACAUCCACGCCUGUAGCGCCAACCUCUCCAGCCUGCACAAGCACUCCAAUGAUUUCAGUGUGCCGUGGGCUCCAGUGGUUUCAUGGUCUCUGGCAGCUGCCCAAUUUUUCCAUGCAACAGGACACCUGCCUACCUUCCCCUCCAUUCAGUGGGGUGCUGCAUUUGUGGGCUUUCCUCAAGGUCACACGGGCACUGCACUUCCUGGGUCAUUGGUGACCCUCAACACCUUCUCCUCUCACAUCAUCUUUGCAGUUGGUUGUCCUCUGCUGCUGUUUUGGCCUCUGGUGUGUGAGGUGCGUGGGACCCGAUCUACGUGCUCAGCAGGAGCGGAGGAGAGUGAGGACGCUGUCAUGGAGAUGAGACUGAGAGAGAACCCUCAGAAGUUCAGCUCGGGUCUCCUGCAGCUCGCUGCACGCUACCUCUUUGUGAAUGGAGCGCAGGUUUUUGCAUCGGUUUGUGCUGCAGCCAUCCUCAGGAGACACCUCAUGGUGUGGAAAGUGUUUGCACCCAAACUGAUGUUUGAGGCAUCAGGCUUCAUCGUGGGCAGUAUGUUUGUGAUACUGGGGGUCGCCAUGGUUAUGAGGGUGGACAUAUCAGUGGGUGGGUUAUUUAAGAAACUCCUCCCUCAGAACUCCAGGUAGCACUGGCUACCCUGACCACGCCCCCUUUUCCUCCUACAAACCCAAUCCAGAACUCUUCAGAGAUGUGCUGGUCAUCCUCCUCAACUCCACUGCCAACCAUACGAAUGGAAACCAGAUUUGUUUUGCAUCUGACUUUGUCUGUUUUGGACCAAAGAGGUCUAAAGCAUCUCCUCAUUUUCAAAUACGUGAGAGAAGUCGAUAAAAUGAAGUUGAUAUUUUAUAAAAGCAAUUUUAGAAGACUGCAACAGUCAUUAUGCUUUCGACAAGCUAUUGAACUGUCGUCCUUUGUUGCUCUGCUGCCUUUGUAUUGAAAAAGAGAGAGAGAAGAUGAUCUUUGUGCAUACCUUUUUGCUGCCAUGUUCCACAAGGUCAUUAAAGAGAUGAUUUAUAAGUUAUUAUAUUGAAGGGCUACAUGAAAUCCACAGUGUUGCAAUGGUAUGAAAAUGAAAACCCCUGCUGUUCAAACCUUUAAAGGGCCAGUUCAUAUUUAUGUAAAUUCUGUCAUAAUUUCCACCAUCAUGUGGUUCCAAACCUCAAAGCAGUGAUCUAGAUGACCAAGCUGCUCCAUACAAUAAUAGUGGAUUGGGAGCAGGCACAAUUGUGGAUACCAUUCACAUUCAUUGUAUGGAAAAGAGCAGCGUGGACAUUCUGCUACAGGUGUGCUGUAGCAGAAUGUCCAAGCUGCUCUUUUCCAAACCUUUUCGAUUCCUUUGUGUUUUACAGAAGUCAGUCAGUCAUACAGGUUUGGUGUUUAAAUUAUGAGUUUUUUGGUUUUUGUUUGAACUGCUCUUUUAAAAGCUACAAGUGCAUGCUUAAGGGCAUCAUUAUUUUCAGCAGUGGACUGAAACUAUUCUUUUUUUUAUUCUUUUUUUUUUUUUGUUGUAUUCUCCUGCUUAUUUUUUUUAAGCUUGAACAUUGUUUGAUAACAGCUCAUUCAUGUUAAUGUGUUGUCCUGUCUAUUCCCUAGCAAUAACCACUCAAACAUCAGGGUUGAACAAAUAACAUGUUAUAUUCUUCACCGCUUGAAAGGUAUUUUUUACUAUGAUUUUAUGUUCCUCACCUAGAUAACAGGUCACUAGCUUUAACGGUUGCCUUGUUUGAUGUUAGUGAAUGAAAUUUGUGUUCAUUUAAUUUGCGUUGACUGUUAUUUAUUUAGCUGUCAUACAUUUAGUUCACUAAUGGAUUAAAUGACUUGUAUGAUCUCAUUUUUGUGAGAAAUGCAUGGGGAAGAUAAUUACAUCAUGUGCUCAGGUUAAUUUAGCCAUAAUGCAAUAGAAGUAUUCUGCUCUGCAUGGUGCAUUUGUGUGUGUGAGGGGAUGUUUUUUAAAAUUUAAUUUCUUAAAGCAAAAUACUGUCAAGCCAUACAGUGGCUUUUAAUAUGUCUUAAUGUGUGGUUGACGAUUGAAUUAGCUGUGAAAGAAAUCAUUU